AUGGACGUGCAGGAGAUAAUAACACACACGGCAGACAUCACGCUGGACGACGAAGAACAAGGUGUCCGGUUCGAGGAUGAAGAUCUCGGCGUCCAAGCCCUACCGGCGUCGAAGGAAACCUGGACCAUUGUUGGCCGGUUUUUGACAGAUCGGAUUCUCAAGACCGAGGUGAUGAAGCGUGUUAUGGCUUCGGCUUGGAAGCCUCUGAUGGGUAUUGAGAUAACGGAUGUGCAGCCCAAUUUGUUCUUGUUCACCUUCUUUGAUAAACUGGACAUGAAACGAGUUAUGGAUGAGGGACCUUGGGCAUUUGAGAAUGCGACGCUGCUAUGCCAAGUCCUGAACGAUGGUGAAGAUCCACUACAGGUUAGUCUAAACACUGUGGACUUAUGGGUACAGGUUUCGGACAUCCCCCAGGGAUACCGUACGGUUAAAGUGUUGGAAAGAAUUGGAGACUAUGUUGGGGUUUUCUUGCGCUAUGAUGAACGAAAUUUUGAGAGACAGUGGACUUCCUUCUAUAGAGUUAGAGUCACCCAUGAUGUCUCAAACCCCUUAAAGCGGCGGAUGAAGAUGAUUCUGAGAGAUGGCUCGCCGUUCGUUGUUGAGGCCGGAACAGUAUCCGUUUGGUGUGUCGAUGAGGGCGGGGGGUACGAGUCCGGCGAAGGUGUUGGGGGAAAAAUGGUUUCAACUAGGCCAAGAGAGGAGGCGUGA